AUGUCGAACGAACAGCUCAUCACCGUCACCUACCAAGAUCGCGUUGCGAUCGUGACUCUCAACCGACCCGAGAAGCUAAACGCCCUCAACCAAGACCUUUACUACCUACUAGCCGAGCGUCUGCGCGAGAUCGACCAGCGCGAAGAUAUCUUCAUCACCGUCCUAACCGGUACCGGCCGAUUCUUCUCAGCCGGCGCCGAUGUAACCAGCUCCCGACCAAACGGCGACCUAAGCGGCAAUGGCCGCCGUGAACUGGUCCGCGGCUUCGUUGCCAACAACGUCGACGUAACCCGCACCUUCUACACUCACUCCAAGAUCCUAGUAGUCGCCCUGAACGGGCCGGCCGUCGGACUCUCAGCCGCACUAGUUGCCCACGCAGACUUCAUCUACGCAGCUCCACACACAUUCAUCCUAACACCGUUCUCCUCGCUCGGCCUUGUAGCCGAAGGCGGCGCAAGCCGCGCUUUCGUCGAGCGGCUUGGUAUCGCCAAGGCGAACGAGGCGCUUAUCAUGAGCAAGCGGAUUACCUGUGACGAACUUGUUGCUGCUGGGUUUGUUAAUAAGGUGUUUGCGCCGGCUAGUGGUAAUAAGGAAGAUUCUGAUGGGUUCUUGAAGCUUGUUCUCGAAGAGGUUGAGGAGAGGCUUGGGACGCAUUUGAAUCAGUCUAGUUUGCUUAAGAUUAAGGAACUUGUUAGGCGGCCUGAGAGGGAGCUUUUGGAUCGUCAGAAUGGGCUUGAGGCGUUUAUGGGGCUUGAGCGGUUUAUGAUGGGUUUGCCGCAGGAGGAGUUCCGGAAGUUGGCUUCUGGUGAGAAGAAGCAUAAGCUCUGA